AUGGAAGAACCCCAAAAAAAGAGAGACAAGCAAUCUAAUGUUGUCAUUAGGUUCAUUGUGACCGUUUACAUUUAUUUCUUCAUACUGUUGUUAAUGAUUCUUGCUUUGGUCUUGCAAAUAAUAUGCUUUGUUUUGUUCUUCCCCCUGAUUAUAUGCAACAAAAAGGCGCGCGUAACGAUAUUUGGCUACUGCUUUAGGAUUUCCAUGUACUUAAUGUGGUGCCCGUUGAACCCAUUUUGGAGAAUAAAAAUAAUCAGGAAAGCGAAGAAGGGAUAUAAGACGUCCAAAACUCUUCUAUUUGUAAACCACUUAUCUUCUCUAGACCCGUGGGUAGUUAAUGCAGCUACGGUGCAAUGGAAUUUGAAGUACGUUUUUAAGGCCUCGUUAUUUCGAAUACCCAUUGGAGGACAGUCAUUAUACUUGGCAGGGGAUAUUCCGAUUCAUUUUACCAAAGGGAAAGGUGGAUGGGAAGUUAAGCCAGGGAGUGUAGUGAAGGUUAUGAACACAUGUAAAGAGUACCAAGAUAUGAAUAUAAGCACAGUUGUGUUUCCGGAAGGAACACGUUCUCUUACUGGACAGUUACAGUUUUUCAAAGCAGGUUUUUUUAAAUUCGCAAUUGAAAAUAAUUGUGAAAUAUUGCCAUGUGCAUUACAUGCUUCUGGGAAAUUGUGGAAUGUCAGAUCAAGACUGUUUGAUAUAGGAACUGCGUAUUUCUCUAUUGGAGAGGCUUUUUAUCCGACCCCUGGAAUGACUGUCGAUGAGUUGAAAGAAAAAACCAGAAAUGCCAUUUUGGAAUUGAUUAAGGAGUUCCCAGAUUAUGAUCCAGAGACGGACAAAUUAGCAACCGAAAUGACGAAAUCGAGAGGACACGGUCUAUAG